AUGGCCUCGACUGUUGGAAAGGUGAGCACAUCACUGAAACUACCCCUCCACAGCCUUUGCACCCCGCCAUCGAUUAGAAGUUAUGCAGCUGACGAGAGAGGGAUGCAGACCAUCACCUGCAAGGCUGCCGUAGCCUGGGAGGCUGGCAAGGAGCUGAGCAUCGAGGACGUCGAAGUUGCUCCUCCCAAGGCCCACGAGGUGCGCGUGCAGAUUUACUACACCGGCGUCUGCCACACUGAUGCCUACACUUUGUCCGGCAAGGACCCGGAGGGAGCUUUCCCCGUCAUCCUGGGACACGAAGGAGCUGGUAUCGUCGAGUCUGUCGGUGAGGGUGUCACCAACGUGAAGCCCGGUGACCACGUCAUUGCUCUCUACACACCCGAGUGCAAAGAGUGCAAGUUCUGCAAGUCCGGAAAGACUAACCUCUGCGGCAAGAUCCGAGCUACUCAGGGCAAGGGUGUCAUGCCCGAUGGCACCAGCCGAUUCAAGUGCAAGGGCAAGGAUCUCCUCCACUUCAUGGGCACCUCAACUUUCUCUCAGUACACCGUCCUCGCCGAUAUCUCCGUUGUAGCUGUUCAGCCCGAAGCCCCUAUGGACCGAACCUGUCUCCUUGGCUGCGGCAUCACCACUGGUUACGGUGCAGCCCGCGUCACCGCCAAGGUGGAGGAGGGCUCUAACGUCGCCAUCUUUGGAGCUGGAUGCGUUGGUCUAUCAGUUGUUCAAGGAGCUGUCGUCAACAAGGCCGGCAAGAUCAUCGUGGUGGACGUCAACCCGUCCAAGGAGGAGUGGGCGAAGAAGUUUGGUGCUACCGACUUUGUGAACCCUAACGAUUUGAAGGGGCAGACUAUCGUCGAGAAGCUGGUCGAGAUGACUGACGGCGGCUGCGACUACACGUUUGAUUGCACUGGUAAUGUCAAUGUAAUGCGUGCUGCUCUGGAGGCUUGCCACAAGGGUUGGGGCGAGAGUAUCAUUAUCGGUGUCGCUGCUGCAGGACAGGAGAUUGCCACUCGCCCAUUCCAACUUGUCACUGGCCGUGUCUGGAAGGGCUGCGCUUUUGGCGGCAUCAAGGGCCGCACGCAGCUGCCUGGACUUGUCGGCGACUAUCUGUCUGGAGCUCUCAAGGUUGACGAGUUUAUUACGCACCGCAAAACGCUUGGGGAGAUUAACAGUGCGUUUGAAACGAUGAAGCAGGGAGACUGCAUCCGAGCUGUUGUUGAUGCGCGGACCUUGUGA